AACUUUUGUGCUCUGAGACUGGAGAGAAAGGAUUUGGAUAUAAGGGUUCUUUCUUUCACAGGAUUAUUCCAGGAUUCAUGUGCCAGGGUGGUGACAUCACAUGCCAUAAUGGCACUGGUGGCAGAUCCAUCUACGGAGAAAAAUUUGAGGAUGAGAACUUCAUCCUGAAGCAAACAGGUCCUGGCAUCUUGUCCAUGGCAAAUGCUGGACCAAACACAAACGGUUCCCAGUUUUUAAUCUGCACCACCAAGACUGAGUGGCUGGAUGGCAAACAUGUGGUCUUUGGGAAGGUGAAAGAAGGCAUGAACAUUGUGGAAGCCAUGGAGCGUUUUGGGUCCAGGAAUGGCAAGACCAGCAAGAAGAUCACCAUUUCCGACUGUGGACAGCUGUUAAUUCUUUUGACUUGUGGACUUCUUACCCACCAGACCAUUCCUUCUGUAGCUCAGGAGAGCACCCCAGCCCCAUCUGCUCGCAGUACCCUGUAAUCUCUGCUCU